AUGAGUAAUGUGAAAAUAAAUGAGGGUCUAGGAUCAAGAACUACAAACACACCUGUGAGUAGCUACAAAACAAUAAUUGACAAAUUACCAAACUUUUUUCAUUCUCAAAAGGAGUUUAUUUCUAUACCUAAAGGAAAACCAUUUUUAAAAAGAUCACCUAGAAAUGGCAUUGCAAAUUAGUCGGCCAUAGCAACAUUGUAAAAUGAUAGAUAUUUGUAAACUCUGAAAGAGCAAACUAAAGAAGACUUUGAGCUCCUUUAUAGUCAAGUGAAAGAAAGCGAUAUAAAUGGAUUAACACUCGGAAAUAUUAACACAUUUGACUAUGGUUAAUUUAUUCUAGAUCUCAAAGGAAUACCUACAGGAGUAUCUAAGGUUUUAGAAGAUAAGAUGUAGAAUAUAUAAGAUGAACAUCAGCUUUAAAUGGAUUUACAGACUCAAAAUUAUAAUUCACCUCCAGGAAAUUAAUUGAAAGUAAAUUUCAAGUUUGAUCCUAAACGAAUUAAGAAUUUGCCUCAAAGACCUCUCUAUACAUUUCAACAGAGCUAUGUAUAACCAGCGAAUCAUUUGACCAAAGAAAUCUCACCAGUAUAGUAAACAUUCAAAGAAGUAGUAAAUUUCUACAAGCCAUUAAUGUAAAUAACAAUGAGCAAUGGUUCAUCAAGAGAUAACUCUCCAAAUAAAUAUCAGUAAAAUACUUGGUAAGUCUAGCUACCAGAUGAAUUAAUAAGACAUAACUAGAACAAAGGAAGAUUUUAUUCAUUUCAAAGCCCAACUCACUAGUAAUUUACUCACUCCACUUUAGGGGGAAUGCAGCCGAAUUUUAAAAGCUUAAAAGAUCUGACGAGGUCUAAAUAUACUAUCACUACAGAUAAUAAGGAUUAGGAGCGAAUGUCAAAGUAUAUGGAAGAUUAUAUUAAAAUGAAGUAGGAAUAGGAUGAACAAGCAAACUAAAGAUAAAUGGGAUUAUUGGAGAAUCAAAGAUAAUAUUAAGUACUGAAAGAACACUUGUAGAGAUAAAGGGAAUUGCAUCUUUAGAAACUAAAGGAAGAAUAAGAAAUGGUAUAAGAAGCAUAAAAGAGAGAUAGCGCAAUGGGAUAAUACCUAAGACAAUCAUCAAAAGAAUUAGAAAUUAGCUAAAAGCUAAAGUAUGAUAAUAAAAUCAACUCUGUAGUUCUUUCUGCCUAGAAUAAUAAUAAAUAAAGUAUCCUUAGUAGGUCUAAUAAUUCUCAUGAGCUAGCUGAUGAGAUGAAGGAUGCAGUUGUGGGAAUGAGUCCUAUUUAACUUAAAAUGGAAACAGAUAGAGGAUCUAGUAUAAAUACAUACAGACUUGAGCAAUUAGAAGAGAUAAUGAGAGUCAAAGGUAUUACAAACCUUGAUUAGAACUUGAUUAAAAUACCAGAACUCUAAAUCUCACAAUCCCCAACAAACACCUUUUCAUCAUAAGAGAAUUCUGUAAAGAAAUCUUCCAAGGGCUCUAAAACCAACUAUUAAUCUAAAAAUUAGAAUUUAAAGGAUAGAAAAAAAGUUAAAAUAAAUACCUAGGAGUUAUUAGAGGAAGAUAGUUUAGCAAACUCCCCAAAAAGAAAUUAAAGUUAUAAUUUUAGUAAUACUUCACCUGGAAAAGAAUUAAAAAAAACUUAUUAAUCUUAGUCAAGUUAAUUGAAUCUUUAAUAUAAGAAAAACUCAGAGGAAUCCAAUAUGCCUAAUUAUGAUCCUGAAUAAGGAAAAAACGAAAUACUAAAAAAAAUUGUUGAAGAGUAAUAAAAGCACCUUAAAAUAUAAAAAUCUUAUAAAUAUUCUUCAAGAAAUUCUAAUAGAACAGGUUAAUAAGCAUAAGACUCAAAUCAAGAACAAAAUUAAGAUGAAUCAAGUACUAAUAGCAAAAAUGGAAACAGCCAUAAUAAUUUCAUAACUAUAAACAACUAAUCAGAAAAUGCUAGUAAAUAAUAAUCCCCUGAAAGUUAUAAACGUAAUUAAUUAAGAAUUAAUAGAGGGAGUCCUAAGAAACAACAGAAAAAGGAAAAUCUAAAUGAAGUAUCGAUCAAAGCUACUCAGUAUAUGAGAGACUCAAAAAAUAAUCAAAUCUCCUUAUUCACAUCCAAAGAGUUGCCCUCAAUGUCUAAAAAUGCAUCAGAGAAGAAAAAUAUUCCGCCUAUGCUGAGGAUAGAUCUUCUAAAAAAUCAUAAAUCCUCUUCCCCUUCUAAUGGAUUUAGUAAUCCCUUGUCAUCUCGAAAGCCGAUUCCAAUUGAUGGUGAAAGUGAGAGAUAAGAUUUGAUAAAUGAAAUUAUUAAGCUGACUACACCAAGAUCUCCUUAAAAAGAAGAUUACAAAAAUUCUGAUAUACUACUUUAUAGAAAUAUGAAAAGUACUGCAAAAAGUAAUAUCAACAUUAUGUAUGGCUCUGUUUCGCAAAAGAGUGCGAGGAAAGUUAAACUUGAGAAAAAGAAAAAGACUCCAAAAGAGAAAUAUAAAUGA